AGUUGCUACUAAACAAAUUUGCCAAUUGAAAACAAAAAUCCUUGGGACACCUGGGUGGCUCAGCAGUUGAGUGCCUGCCUUUGGCCCAGAGCGUGGUCCUGGAGUCCUGGGAUUAAGUCCCGCAUCAGGCUCCCUGCAUGGAGCCUGCUUCUCCCUCUGCCUCUCUCUGCUGUGCGUCUCUCAUGAAUAAAUAAAUAUAUAAAUUGUUUUUAAUUAAGUAAUUAAAAUUUUAAAAAUCCUUCUGCAAUAGGAUUUAUCAUUCUCUAAUUCAAGCAGUCCAAAAACAACAACAAAAAAUCUGCUUUUUCCAGUGAAUUUAAGAUAUAAACUGAAGUCAUCAUAAUAAUCUCAACCCAUAAUUGGAGGGACAGUUAAUUGUCCUUGUGACCUUUAAACUUAUGUAAAAUUCUCUCCUUCCGCGUGGUUGUUGAGAACUCUGAAGCAAACAAGUGGUGAAUACAAUUUGGAGAGGACUUGGGGGAGAAUAUGUAACGAAUUUUCUCAACCUAUAAUGGCAUCUAAUUCAGCUGUAGAAAUUGACAAUGAAAGUGAUAAUUCUUCUGGUAGCAGCUUAUUUAAGACUCAGUGUGUCCCUUACUCACCAAAACAGGGUCAAAGAAACCCUAUUAGAAAGUUUGUUCGCUCAUCUGGAGGUGUUGAAGCAAGGGAUUCAUCUAGUGACUCCUCUUUUGAACCAAGACCACUGACUUUAAAAGCUAUUUUUGAAAGAUUCAAAAAAAAGAAAUGUAAAAAGAGGAAAUAUAAGCCAAAAGAAAGACCAAGGGGAAGACCAGAAGGAAGAAAAACCACUAGACCCUCCCAAAUAAAUAAGAAACAAGUUAAAGACAAAGGAUCUGGGUUCCCAUUUUUAGAAUCUGAGAAUGUACAAAAGCCAUUACCAUGGAGAAAGAUUUUAACCUUUGACCAAGCGGUGGCAAGAGGAUUUUUCAACUACCUUGAAAAAUUGAAGUAUGAAUACUAUCUCAAGGAAUCCUUGAAACAAAUGAAUGUUGGUGAAUAUUUAGAAAGGGAAGAUUUUGACAGUCGUAGAUACAAAUACUUGGAUGAUGAUGUAUCUCUCUCUCCUAUCAAAGAGUCAGAAACAGUGGAAGAGGCUGCAACAACUCUUGAACAUGAUGACGGAUGUGAUAUCAAAUUGGUGGACAAUAAUGAUUCCAUAGUAAGUUCUGAAAUGCCAAAGAAAAUGAAUCUGUAUUUAGGACAAGAGGAAUAUGCUGAAGAAGCUUCUUCGUCUAAAAAGAGAGCAUCAAAAUCCAAAAACAUGGGACAGAGGAUAGAAUGGUCUGAAAAGGAAGAGAUAGGAAUAUGAAUAUUAAGGCUUUUCACUUGAAAACAGUGCCUGGACUUAAAGGACAGUGACAGCUGUGGAUUGAACAAAAGUUUGUUUUAAAAGUGCUAUUUUGGGGCAGCCCGGGUGGCGCAGCGGUUUAGCACCGCCUGCAGCCCAGGGUGUGAUCCUGGAGACCCUGGAUCGAGUCCCACGUCGGGCUCUCUGCGUGGAGCCUG